GCGCGGCCCCGCACCUGCCGCCCUCCCGGCCCGGGGCGCCGCUGCCAUGCGGCUGGCGCUGCUCUGGGCCCUGGGUCUCCUGGGCGCGGGGAGUCCUCUGCCCUCCCGGCCGCUUCCAAAGAUGGGUGGCACGGGAGAGCCUCUGUCCGGCGAGGAGGGGGAGCCUUGGAGCCGGUCCUCGGACAGACCAGCCAUCAGUCUAGGGGAGGUGCUACAGGGCAGCCUGCCUAAGGACCUGAGAGUCAGCCUGGAGCUGGACGGUGAGAACCACAUCCUGGAGCUGCGACAGCACAGGAAUCUGAUCCCGAGCCGCCCUGCGCUGGUGUGGUACCAAGGUGAUGGCACUCGGGUGCUCAGUGAGGGACACACUCUAGAUAACUGCUGCUACUGGGGACUGGUACAGGGUCGUGCGGGUUCCUGGGCCUCCCUGUGCACCUGCUCUGGGCUCAGGGGAUUGGUAAUCCUGUCUCCAGAAAGAAGCUACACCCUGGAGCUGGGACCUGGGGAAUUUCAGGGUCCUCCCCUCAUCUCCCGCAUCCAAGACCUCCUCCUGCCAGGCCACGCCUGUGCCUUGAGCUCGCGUGCAUCUGCCUCCGCUCCUGCCCAGCCCCUGCCAGAGCUCUCCAGCGGGCAGCGCCAUGGCCGCCGGCGGAGGCGCGACGUGAUCACAGAGACCAAGAUAGUGGAGCUGGUGAUUGUGGCUGAUCAUGCGGAGGUCAUGCGGUACCCGGACUUCCAGCAGCUCCUGAACCGCACCCUGGAAGUGGUCUGGCUGCUGGACACAUUCUUCCGGCCGCUGAACGUGCGGGUGGUGCUGGUGGGUCUGGAGGCCUGGACCCAGCGUGACCUAGUGGACGUCAACCCGGACCCAGCUGUCACACUUGACAACUUCCUCCACUGGCGCCAGGCAGACCUGCUGCCUCGAUUACCCCAUGACAGUGCCCAGCUGGUGACCGCUACCUUGUUCUCGGGGCCUCUGGUGGGCAUGGCCGUCCAGAAUUCCAUUUGCUCUCCUGACUUCUCAGGAGGUGUCAACAUGGACCACUCCACCAGCAUCCUGGGAGUGGCCUCCUCCAUCGCACACGAGUUGGGCCAUAGCCUGGGUCUGGACCACGAUUCACCGGGCAAUAGCUGCCCCUGCCCGGGGCCAGCCCCAGCCAAAGGCUGCAUCAUGGAAGCCUCCACAGACUUCCUGCCAGGCCUGAACUUCAGCAACUGCAGCCGCUGGGCCUUGGAGAAGGCCCUGCUGGACGGGAUGGGCAGCUGUCUCUUUGAGCGCCAGUCUAGCCUGCCCGCCAUGGCUGCCUUCUGUGGAAACAUGCUCGUGGACCCAGGCGAGCAGUGUGACUGCGGCUUCCCAGAUGACUGCACAGAUCCCUGCUGCGACUCCUCCACCUGCCAGCUCAGGCCUGGGGCACAGUGUGCGUCAGAUGGCCCCUGCUGUCAAAACUGCCAGCUCCGCCCUGCUGGCUGGCAGUGCCGCCCUCCCAGAGGCGACUGUGACCUGCCUGAGUUCUGCCCAGGUGACAGCUCCCAGUGCCCCCCUGAUGUCAGCCUUGGGGACGGCGAGCCCUGUGCUGACGGACAGGCUGUGUGCCUACAUGGGCGCUGCGCCUCCUAUGCCCAGCAGUGCCAGUCACUCUGGGGGCCCAGAGCCCUGCCUGCCAUGCCACUUUGCAUCCGCACGGCCAAUACCCGGGGCAAUGUGUAUGGGAGCUGUGGGCGCAGCCCCAAUGGCAGCUAUGUGCCCUGCACCCCGAGAGACGCCAUGUGUGGGCAGCUGCAGUGCCAGGGGGGCAGGACCCGACCUCUGCUGGGCAUGGCUCGAGAGUGGCUCUGGGAGAUACUAGAAGCCAACGGGACUCAGCUCAACUGUAGUUGGGCACACCUAGACUUUGGCAGUGAUGUGGCCCAGCCGCCCCUGGCACUCCCCGGCACAGCCUGUGGCCCCGGCCUGGUGUGUAUUGACCGCCGGUGCCAGCCGCUGGCUCUCCUGGGAGCGCAAGAAUGUCGUAGCAGCAGAUGCCAUGGGCACGGGGUCUGUGACAGCAACAAGCAGUGCCACUGUGAGGAGGGCUGGGCAGCCCCUGACUGCACCUCCCGGGUCCGAGCCACCAGCCCCCUGACCACGGGACUGCUCCUCAGCCUCCUGCUGCUGCUGCUCCUGCUGCUGCUGGGUGCAAGCUACUGGCACCGUGCCCGCCUGCACCAGCGGCUCUGCCAGCUCAAGGGACCUAGCUGCCAAUACAGGGCAGCACAGUCUGUUCCCCCAGAACGACCAGGACCCCCACAGAGGGCUCUGCUGAUGCCAGGCACCAAGGCCAGCGCCCCCAGCCACCCAGGGCCCCCUUCCAGGCCACUGCCGCCUGACCCUGUGCCCAAGAGACUCCAGGCUGCACUGGCUGACCGACCCAAUCCCCCCACCCGCCCGCUGCCCGCUGACCCGGUGGUGAGGCACCCGAAGCCCCAGGGGCCUGCCAAGCCGCCACCCCCUAGGAAGCCACUGCCCGCUGACCCCCAGGACCGGCGCCCAUCAGGUGACCUGCCCGGCGCAGGAGCGGGCCUUCCGCCUGCGGUGAUCCCUUCCAGGCCAGCUCCCCCUCCCCCAGCGGUGUCCUCGCUCUACCUCUGAGCUCUCCUGCUGUCUCCAACGUGGAAUUGGGACUUCAG